ACUAAAUCAAAAGAUAGCUAUUAAAAAUAGAAUCUAAUAGUGAUUGGAUAAAACUUUGUAUUAAAAACUUGUAUUUACAGAGGUAAAAAACAUAACUGGUAUUUGGGUAAAUCUUAUAUAAUUAUUACUUUAUAUUUAUAGCAAUCAAUUAAGCUUAACCAGGUAAUUACUUCAUCGUUAGAUUGGUAAUGUAAAUAAUAUUUUAAAUUUUAUUGUUAGUUCAUUUACCUGAUAGGCUAACACAAACAUUGACAGUUUAUUGGAAGAAGAAAAACAACUUAAAAAAAUGAACAAUUGUAAGUUUUUUAACUUAUUCAUUUUUCAGUUCCUUAUAUUCCAACACUUUAAGCUUCAGGUGAUGUUCGUCUUCAAAAUACUAAUUACUAUUACUAAGUAUUUGACAAAUAUGGACCAAGUCUUAAACUAUGUUUUUAAUUUGUUAAUUAUGAAUUUACUUUACCAACCAUUUGUAUGAUUGCUAUACAAAUUGUAAAUCAAUAUCAAAUUAAUUAGUUAAACAUUCUCGAAAAACUUCAUAACUAAUCUAUUGUACAUCGAAAUCUUAGACCAAAAAAAAUAUUAACAUAAAUUGGUAAAAAUGAUUUGAUACUGAUUGAUUUCUAACACUUUGCUAAAUAUAAACAUAAAAAUGGUAAAUAUAUAGGAUAUCCAUCUAAAUUUUCUAAUCUUAAUAAAUUAACUAAAUAUUCUAGUCUUAAUUAACAUUUAGGAUUAAGUAAAUAUAAUUAUUUCAAUUUAUAGCUGCUUCACCAAAAGAUGAUUUAGAAUCACUUGGAUUCCUACUUAUGUAUUUUUUAAAAAAAGGAGAUUUAUUUAAAGUCAAAGAAAAUGGAUCUAAAAUUAAAAAAAUGGAAGAAUAAAAAUUGAGGAUGAUUCCAGAAAAAUAUUGUAAAGAUAUGCCUAUUGAAAUUCUUCAAUAUUUUUAAUUUAUUAGAAUGACUAAUGUUUAGUAAUACCCUUUGGGUGAUUAUGAAUUCCUUAAAAAACUAUUUAGAAAUUUACUUCAGUAACUUAAUGUCAAUGAAAAAGAUUUUUAAUAUGAUUGGGUAAUUUUAUUAAAUGAUUUAUUCCUUUAGAUACGAAAAAUGAACUUGUAACAAUCAACUUAAUAAUAAUUUUAAUAAACUUAAAAAGAAUCAAGUAAUCUAAAUCCAACAUAAACCAAAAUCAUUAUUCAUUAACCAUAAAAUUUAGAAGGCAUUUAAGAAGUACAAACUGAAUUAGAGAGAUCCUCAAUAAAAAGAGAAUUUUAUAGAUAAAUUUCAUCCUUAUGUAUUUCUGAUGAGGAAGACAAACAAUUUGAAAGUGUAAGCACUAAAAUGCUUCAUCUACCUAAUAUGUUUGAUUUAAUCAAACUUAAAAACUGAU